CCUCCAAUUGGAUGUUGCAGCACGCAUUCGGGGAGGAGCAGCGCGAGCAGCCAAAAGGGAGGAAAAUGUGGAGCGUAAAAACCGUCCUCGCUGUUUCGACCCGCGCUCCUCCAGCUCCACUUUUAUCCGUCUCAGUCUCUCAAAUGUUGACCGCCGCAGCGUGAGCACCCCCGGUUCAGCGCGGCGAGCCGUGGCCUGGAAACAGGACUUCCCGAACAGAGACGCGAGGUCGAGCCGAGCCGGACCGGACCGGACCGGACCGGACCGCGUGUGGACGCGCUUUGGGGAGGUUUUACGCAUUGCGCAGGAUGCAGGCGCGCUACUCCGUCUCCAGCCCCAACUCUUUGGGAGUGGUACCGUACAUCAGCAGCGACCAGAGCUAUUACCGGGCCGGCGGAGGAUACACCGGGAUGCCUGCGCCCAUGAGCAUGUACUCGCACGCGGCCCACGAGCAGUACCCGAGCAGCAUGGCCCGCGCGUACGGACCGUACACCCCUCAGCACCAGCCGAAGGACAUGGUCAAGCCUCCGUACAGCUACAUCGCCCUCAUCACCAUGGCGAUUCAGAACUCCCCGGAGAAAAAGAUCACCCUCAAUGGGAUUUACCAGUUCAUCAUGGAGCGGUUCCCCUUUUACCGGGACAACAAGCAGGGCUGGCAGAACAGCAUUCGGCACAACCUGUCCCUCAACGAGUGCUUUGUCAAAGUGCCCCGGGACGACAAGAAGCCCGGCAAGGGCAGCUACUGGACCCUGGACCCGGACUCCUACAACAUGUUUGAGAACGGCAGCUUCCUGCGGCGCCGGAGGAGGUUCAAAAAGAAGGACGUGCAGAGGGAAAAGGAGGAGCGGGACCGGCAGGGCAAGGACCCGUCCUCCAGAACCCCGGGCCGGGAGCAGGAGCCGGCGGGUCAGGGCACUCAACCCGUGCGACUCCAGGACAUCAAGACGGAGAACGGGACGUCCACGCCGCCGCAGGCCGCGUCCCCCACGCUGAGCGCCGUUCCCAAGAUCGAAAGUCCCGACAGCAGCAGCAGCAGCAGCAGCACCGGCACCGGCACCGGCACCGGCACCGGCACCGGCAGCACGUCCGCAGGCAGCCCGCACAGCGUGCCCUCCACCCGCUCACUGAGCCUGGACCCCGCCGAGCAGCACCACCAGGCCCCGGCGCAGGGCUUCAGCGUGGACACCAUCGUGACGGCCCCCCUGCGGGGCUCUCCGCACGCCGAGCUCUCCCCGCCCAUCGUCGCCUCCUCUCGGACAGGUAUCACCCCUUCGCUCGCCCUCAACUACUCCCCCAACCAGACGCCGGCCUACGGCUCCUCGGCCUGCAGCCAGAACUCCAGCGCCACCUAUCACUGCAACAUGCAAGCCAUGAGCCUGUACGCGGGGGAGCGGGCGCCGGCCGCCGCCGUGGACGAGCCUCUGCCCGACUACUGCAUCAGCACCACCAUCGCUUCUCCGCUCGGACACGGCGCCCUGAGCCAGGCGGGCCCGGACGGCGCGCACGCGCACCAGGGCCGCCUCGCGUCCUGGUACGGGGACCUGAGCCACCUGAGCGCGGGGUACCCCACGCAGCAGCAGAACGUCCACGCUGUGCGGGAGAUGUUCGAGUCCCAGCGGAUCGGGCUCAACGGCUCCCCGGUCAACGGGAAUAACAGCUGUCAGAUGGGCUUCGCGCCGGGCCAGUCGCUCUAUCGACCCACGGGAGCGUUUGUCUACGACUGCAGCAAGUUCUGAGAGCUCGGCGCGUCUUCUAAAUAACAACUCUAAUAUAUAGGUUCUAUAUUUUUUCUACUUUUGCUCUUUUAUUCACACUCCGAAUGGACAUAAGGUUCUUUUGUCGAGACGCGUGUUAACACCAAAACACGUAAGUUUUCUUCCUUCUCACUUCGAGAUUUGCUGAAAUCCCAGUUUUAUGACUAUAGACUGUAAAUUAUAGCCUAAUAUAGUAAUUUAUUUUUAGGAAGGGAGUGGUUGGAUGUUGAGGACCAAACACUUUAAGCCUUUUCCCACUUUUCCUAUCGCUGCCUUUAAUUGUGCCAUGUCUUGUAUAGAAAUAGAGGAGGAGCUUUGUAGCUUAUACUGACUUAUUUUAUUCAUAUGUUUUACGUCUUAAGACUAUUUUGAAGGCAUUACAUUGUUUGUUUAAUAAAGUGCCGUCUAUUUGAUUUUAA